AUCAUUGCGUUCGAUUCGUCGUUCAUGUCCAUUCAAUGAUCAAUGAUGGAUGGACAUGAAUGUUUCGAUGAUUAUGAUCAUCAUUAUAUUAUUAUUAUUAUUAUGGGGAUAACCAGUCUAACUUGAAUGACUACUACCUGCUUGCAUGUUUCCACUUGUUGUUGUUGUUCCAUACACAUAUUCAUGAUGAUGUGAUUUGAAGAAAAAGUCCGAAAUUAGGUGAAAUACAAGCUAUACAUGCAGCCAGCCAAUCGUAUGUUCAUCAAGCAUAAUAAUCACCACAGCAAAAAAAAAACAGGAACGGUUGUUUCGAACGCCGUUAAAAGUCGACCAACAACAACAACAGGUUGGCUUUCCAACAACAAGUUUUUGCAUCACUCCUCCCAAUCACAUCGGGUUGUUGUCAUUCCAGUCAUUCAGUUGUCCGUCGUCAUCAUCGAGCAGAGAAAGAGCUUGUGUAUGUGUGUGUUUAAGCAUUGGGGAUAUGAAAAUCGGUUUUGAAAAUCAUCAUAAACAACGAUUCACAAAUCAAAAAACUGUUCUUAUUUCCACCAUCCUCCUCCUCAUCAAUUCGUAAAAGACGGAAGCAGAGUGUAUGCGUGUUCGAUUUACGAAACAAGUCUUUGAAUCAACUUAAAGAACAGUUAUUAAGAACAACAACAACCACCACGAUGAUGACGACUACGACGACGAUAACGAAAGAACUUGUUGGCCAACACCACCACACUGCCGCUAUCGAAGUCUCCGAAUAACUUGUUAUUGGCCACCAACAACACACACACACACAUCACCCGAACUCCAUUUGCUAUUUUUUCACAAACAGACUCGAACACAAUUCAUACACUCUUUUGCUCUCUCUCCAGGUAUACAAUCGCAAUCAUUCCAUUUCAUUUGUUGUUCAUUUCAAUCCGUUCAUCGUUUGACCUCAUCCAUCGACGUCUUCGUCAUCAUCAUCAUCAUUAUUGACGAGAGCAGCAGAAAUUAUUCAAUCUCUUUUUCUUCUUCUUUUUUAUUGUUAUUAUUUUGCUCUCAAACUUGUCAAGAUUAUUCUGGGAUUAUUCACCUAUUAUACAUUACCAUCAUAAAGGUGUGUGUAUUGUGUUAUGUGUGUGUGUGAAUAUUAUAAACAUUAAUGAGUGGUGGGUGUGUUUGAUUGAUUAAAUGUUUGAUUCUGAUUCUGGUUUUAGUUGUUCAUAUUAAUGUUCAAUCGAUUGAUUAUCCGAUGCCAUAUUCGACUACAAUCUACGAACCACCAGAAUUGGAUUCGACAAUUACUAACACGGAUUCAUUGAUUAUAGAUGAUGAUAAUGAUGGUGGUAAUGGUUAUUGUUUAAGUAAUAAAUCCUCACCACCUCCACCAUUAGUACCGUAUGAUUUAUUAGCAACGUGGCAAUCACCAUUCUUAUCCACAACAAACAUUGGUGAGCAUUUGAUUAGUGUUGAACAGCAGCUAAAGCCGACCACGACAUUAUCAUCAACGACAACGGCGAUCCAAAAGCAAACAUUAUCUAUUAAUUAUCAGGAACAACAUUCACCAUCAUCAUCAUCAUCAUCAUCAGCAUUGUCGAUGAAUGGUGUUGUACAUCAUGGUACAGCCGCAGUGGCUACGGCUGCAACAAGCGGCAGCAAUGUUGUUGGUACGGUUGUUGGUGAUCUAAUUACAAACGCUGAUAUGGGCCAAUAUCUACAGCUAGCCCAGAAAAUUCAAUUAUCCAAUGUGGUGGCCACAACCACAACAAACACUAACAACGUCAACAACAACAAUAGCAAUAAUAAUAAUAAUAACAAUUGUUCAUCGUCCACAUCAUCACUAUCAUCAUCAUCCUCUUCGUCGUCAUCGACGACUACGACCACUGAUGCAACAACAAUAAUAACGACAACCGGUAACAGCAAUAAUAAUACUAAUAAUAAUCUGGUCACUACGGCCACCAAUUCACAACAAUCAUCUCCGAAUAGUUUCGAUGCUAGCCAGAUUCAAUUCAUACUAAGUCCAUCCGGUCAAUUUCAAACGGCUCAAAUUGUAUCUAGUAAUUCAUCAGGAGUUGUCGAUUGUAAUAAUAGUUCGAUUGUUUAUUCAACAAGUGCGAUUACCGGUGAUGGUGAUGGCAAAACAAUUGGCACAUUGGCAUCGGCUUCCUCAAUCCCUCAAACGAAUAAUGCAUCGACACCAACAGCAACAUUGUUAAGCAAUGUGGUUACUUCCGUUUCCACAUCUGCAAACACUGCGACCAGUACAGCUGCCGAUUCUUCAUCUGCAGCAUCGGUUUCAGGUUCGAAUGUUGUAACCAACAACGUUCAACAACAACAACAACAACAAAUGGUACAAUCAGGCCUCGUGCAACAAGUGAUCUCGAAUUCUCAUAAUCCACAACAACAACAACAACUUCAUCAUCCACAACAUUCACAUCUGACCAAUGAUAAUGGCAAUAAUAAUGUUCAAUCAUCUCAUCAAUCAUCAAACAAUGGCAAUAAUCAACAACAACAACAGCAGCAGCAGACAACCGAACAAAUGCAGAUUCGGGAUUACCUGAGUGAAAUCAAUGUAUUACAAUCGGCUGCAGUCAACAAUAACAAUUCCAAUCAACAACAACAAUCUCAACUACAGAUCGCAACCAAUAACCAUAACAAUGGCCUUAUCCAACAACAACAACAACAACAACAGGGAACAGCGACAACAACAUUGCUUUCAUUGGAUCAAGCUGCACUUGGUCUACCACCCAAUACUACACUUUUGACGAAUGCAUCGUUCCUGGAUGGACAACAGCAACAUCAACAUCUAAUGAAGAAUGGCUCGAUUAUUAUUGAUCCAUCAUUGACUGAUCCAUCUAAUCUUAAUUAUGUUUACAGUACAUUACAGCUACAAUUAGCCACAGCUGAUCAUCAAAACAAAACGGCUACCAUUAUGGAUCAGGCAACAAAAUCAUCACCAAUAUUUGCUAUUGCAACAUCGGCGACAAACGCCGCUGAACUUUUGCAACAACAACAACAACAACUUGGUGGCCACCAAACAACCAACAGUAUUAUUCAACAACAACAAAAUGGUGCCCAACAACAAUUGACUAACCAAAGUAAUUCCAACAACAACAGUGCAGCUUCACGUAGAGGUCGAGGUCGUCCAAAGAAAUAUUCCGAUCCAUUAUCAUUAGCCGUUGAACAAUGUCUCGAAAAUAGUAAUAGUCCCACUCAACAACAACAACAACCGCAACAACAACAACAACAACCGCAACAGACACAGCAGCCUCAACUUCAACAAAUUCAACAACAGCCACAACAUCAUCAACAGCAGCAGCAGCAACAACAACAACAACAACCAACAGCGACAACAGUAUUAGUUACGACGACCAAUACUGGUAAUGGCCAACAACAACAACAAUUAACUCAAUUUGGUGGACCAUUAACGGUGACAAGCAGCACUACAAAUACGAAUCAACAAUUGUUACAAGCAACGACGUUAACUGCGGCUUCGACAACUACGCCACAAACGGCAGCAACAACAACAAUGAUGAUGAUGGCCGCAACACAAUCAACCAAUGUACAUCAUUGUCGUUGGCAAGGUUGUUCAUUUGCAUCAUCCGAUAUUUUGGAAUUUCGUAAUCACAAUCGUACACAGCAUCGUGAUGAAUCGACAAUCAUACCGUCACGAAAAGGAAAAUCAUCCUCAUCGAAAGAACCGUUAAUAUGUGAAGUACCGGGAUGUGGUUAUUCACCAAAAUAUCGUCGUUUAUUGAUCGAUCACCAAAAUGCUCAUAAAGGAUUACGGGCACAUAAAUGUUGUUUUUGCGAAUACAAUUCCUCAUAUUUCGGUGAUAUUCGUAAACAUAUGAUCAAAAAACAUCCGGAUCUAGCACAAGAAAUAAAACUAAGUAAACUUAAACUCAAACAAAACGGUGGUUUAGAUGGCAAAAAAGGAUCGAAAAAAGUUCGUGUCGAUGAGAUGGGCAAUAAGAUUGAAACGAAAUCAAGAAAAUCAUCACAACAUGCCAGCAGCAAUGAUAAUGAUCCAAAUGCUGCCGGUGGUGGCAAAGGCCGUAAACGCAAUUAUAAUCGCAAGAAUUCAAAAAAGAAUAAAAAAGAUGAAUCAAACCCAUUAAACACUGCUGCUGCUUCCGCCGCUGCUGCUACCACGUUGACAUUGCCAAGUGGAUUAACGUUGGCCUCGCCCAAUAUCGCUACUGGUAACAAUGGUAAUCAACCACAAUAUCAGUUCAUUGGAACGCCCACCGGAUAUCAUCCACUACAAUUGAACAAUGCUGCUCAGGCCGAUUUGGCCACGCUACAUUCAAUGGGGCCUAACUAUGGUACAACUGCUUCGGCAGCCACAACACCACAUGGCCUUAUGCCACAAACUGCAAUAAUCUAUCUACAGACCAGUCCUACUUCCGGUAAUCCAUCCACCAUACAGAUUUCCUCUAACGAUAUGAAUGCCAUCAAUCAAUUGAUUGCUGCAGGAGGUGCAACCUAUGCUACUGCAGCCGAUCUAAAUUCUCUGACCAAUGGCCAAUUGACAACCUUAUCAGCCACCACUGGUCAACCUCAACAUCAUCAUCAUCAACAACAACAAACACAGUUUGUAACACCCACUUCCUCAUCGGCAAUACUUACGGCCACAUCUAUUUCCGGUACAUCAACCACUGGACAACAACAUCAUCAUUUAGUGCAAUCAUCCACACAACAUCAACAAGCUCGAAAUGAUAUGACCACAGCCGUUGCAACUAAUGGUUUCGCUACGAUUGGUGCUGAUGGAACACUCACAUUUCUUACUGAUCCAACGGCUGCUGCUGUUGCCGCUGCUGUACAACAACAACAACAACAACAAACUGGUUCAAACACUUCCGGUGGUACAACAACAACAUUACAGCAAGCUGCAAUCACUGGAACAACAUUGUUCAAAUGUGAUUAUCCAUUAUGCUAUUUUCAAACAGAUCAAUAUGAAAGUCUAUUGAUACAUAAACAUCGUGAUCAUUCGACCACGACAACUAAUUCAACUGUCCAUUUACAACAACAACAACAACAACAACAGCAGAUACAGUUACAGCAGCAACAACAACAGCAACAUCAACAACAACAGAUUACGAUAAUUGAUGCGGCCACAUUGGCUACACUGACAGGGCAAUCAAGCAAUCAGAACGGUGGUGGUGGACAACAUCAAUUGAUUCAACAUCAACCAUCAGGUGUGUAUACAUUGGCAAAUGCACAGCCAUUACCGACAUCAUCAUCAUCAUCAUCAUCAAAUUCGGUGAUUAGUUCACAAGCUCAACAGCAACAACAACAACAACAUUUCAUAUUGGAUGCCUAUGGUGGUAUGAUCACAACAACUGCAGCAAUUAAUCAAUCAGCUUUACAGGUGGCCGCCGCCGCUGCUACCGCUUCUGCUACUGAUCCAAACAGCGGUACUAAUUGUUCGAAUCUUGUAAAUGGCACAACUAUACUGAACCUUAAUCAAAUUAUCUCAUCAUCAUCUUCAUCGUCCGGUACGACCACCAAUACAACAAUGACUAAUAAUAGUAAUGGAUCACCAUCAUCGUCGGAUAUGUUGGUAAAAGGACAGAAAAGUAGUCCCAUAUUGAUCAAUAAUAAUAAUAGUACCGCUGGAUCGGUAGUGAUCAAUUCGACUUCCAAUGAUAAUAAUAGCCAUCUUCAACAACAACCACAACAUCAGAUCGUUAAUGUUGGUGGUCAACCGCAUAUGAUAUUCACUGGUGACCCGAAUGCAUUGUCAUCAUUCUUCACUACUACACAACAACAAGCAAACACCAAUAACAACACAGGAAUUAAUCAACAGGGUCAAUCUUCGACAAGUACUGUACAUCAAGUCGUGGCCACAAUCAAUCAGAAUGGUAUGGCUACAUUGACUCAACAACAGCCACAACAAAACAACAACAACAACAAUGUUAACAAUAAUAAUGGUAAUACACAGAAUGGUGGUUCCAAUUCUUCAUCAUCAACAGUGAUUCCAAUACCGAAUUCAUCAACAUCAUCCAUUGUGACCACCACAUCGGUAGCACAAUUAGCAGCCACAUCUCAAUAAAUGAAUAAUAAUUGAAUCGAUAAACACACCCACACACAUACACACCCACUCCCAUCGAUAUAAACUUUUAUUUUAUUUUAUUUUAUUUUAUUUUUUUUUUUUGAUCACCAAAAACAUUCGAUCAUACUCGUACUCUAUAAUCACAUAUUAGCAUUAAGCAUCAAAUCCCAAACUAUGUAGCUAAUAAUAUUUAUAUUGAUGAAAACAUUAUUAUUCAACCACCACCCACCCACCUUAUGCGCAUCCACUGCAAUCCAUUCCAUUGCAUUCAUUUGAUAGUCGUGCAUGUUUUUAUUAUGCAUGCAUAUACUGUACAAACAGAAAAAAAAUUCACCUGAUUCAUAUCGACCAAAUAUUACCGAUUUAUUGAUUUUUUUUUUACUUUAUCGACAAAUGUUUUUUUUGUGUGUAUGUGUGUAUUC